AUUUUUCAAAAGUUGCUUAUACUGCAAAAUUUAUUGCUAAAAAAAUAAUAGAAGUAUUAAAGAGAAUUAGACCAGAAAAAUUUACAGCAACAGUUUCUAAUACCAAAUUAUUAAUGAUAGUUUUAGAACAAAGCUUCAAAUUUUUAUCUGUAUAG